CUGACAACCCAAGAUUGAUCCCUGGGACCCAUAUGGUAGAGGAGAAAACUGAUUCCCAUGAGUUAUCCUCCAAUCUUAUUACAAGAGAUGUAAAUAAUUUAAAACAUCCAAACUCAUUAAUUGUGACCUGGAAGAGAUAAUCUGCAUAACUUGACUCCAGUCAUAAACCUCAAAGGCAAGGGAUGAGUUGGAUGAGUGGAGCCAGUGGUGAGAGAUACUGUCUCCUGUGGAGCACUUGGAAAUAUGUGAAGUAGCUGCUGCUGGUGGUGGUGACAAUGUCAAAUAACGGCUUAGACAUCCAGGACAAACCCCCGGCCCCUCCCAUGAGAAACACCAGCACUAUGAUUGGAGCUGGCAGCAAAGACACUGGGACCCUAAACCACGGCUCCAAACCUCUGCCUCCAAACCCAGAGGAGAAGAAAAAGAAGGACCGAUUUUACCGAUCCAUCUUACCUGGAGAUAAAACAAAUAAAAAGAAGGAGAAGGAGCGGCCAGAGAUUUCUCUCCCUUCAGAUUUUGAGCAUACAAUUCAUGUUGGUUUUGAUGCUGUCACGGGGGAGUUUACGGGGAUGCCAGAACAGUGGGCCCGAUUGCUUCAAACAUCAAAUAUUACAAAGUCAGAGCAGAAGAAAAACCCACAGGCUGUUCUGGAUGUGUUGGAAUUUUAUAACUCUAAGAAGACCUCCAAUAGUCAGAAGUACAUGAGUUUUACAGAUAAGUCAGCUGAAGAUUAUAAUUCUUCUAACACUUUGAAUGUGAAGACUGUGUCUGAGACCCCAGCAGUGCCACCAGUGUCAGAAGAUGAAGAUGAUGAUGAUGAUGCCACCCCACCUCCAGUGAUUGCUCCACGCCCGGAACACACAAAAUCUGUAUAUACACGAUCUGUGAUUGAACCACUUCCUGUUACUCCAACUCGGGAUGUGGCUACGUCUCCCAUUUCACCUACCGAGAAUAACACUGCUCCACCAGAUGCUUUGACCCGGAAUACUGAAAAGCAGAAGAAGAAGCCUAAAAUGUCUGAUGAGGAGAUCUUGGAGAAAUUACGGAGCAUAGUGAGUGUGGGUGAUCCUAAGAAGAAGUAUACACGGUUUGAGAAGAUUGGACAAGGUGCUUCAGGCACAGUGUAUACUGCAAUGGAUGUAGCCACAGGACAGGAGGUAAGUAUUCAUCACCAACUCUUGUACUUCUAUUCCUACAGUAUUUGUUUUUAAUUUAAUUUGGAGUUA